AUGGUUGUCGUUGCCGGCGGUGCGAGAACAGAAGAUGCCCAUCUUAUCGACGAUGAGGGUCAGUUGCUGCCCGUGAAUGGGAUCGAAGAAUACCUGUUCACCGCCCUUGGCGCGUCUCGCGGCGGCGAUGCGCUGCACCGUGUGGGCAUUACCUAUCACGUUGUGGGUGUUCUUGGUGGGCAGAGCAGUGGGAAAUCGACACUGCUGAAUUGCCUCUUUGGCACCAAAUUUCAAACGAUGGAUGAGACAAGGAGGAGAGGCCAAACAACGAAAGGCGCCUUCAUCUCACGUGCUAAUUUUGAAGUCUUGUGUGGCGACGACGGCGAAAUGGAUGCAGGUGCAUCGGCGCUGAUGGAAUCAUGUGCUGGGAAGUCCUUGCCUCUGUUCGUGGUGGACUUUGAGGGCACCGAUGGCUUUGAGCGUGGAGAGGAUCAAAGCUUUGAGCGGCAGCUCUCUCUCUUUGCACUCAGUGUUGCCGAUGUUCUUCUUAUCAACAUGUGGGCUGUUGAUGUGGGUCGUUUUAAUGCGGCCAACAUGAGUCUUUUGCGUACCAUUUUUGAGGUGAACCUGCAGCUGUUUUCACACGACAGCUACACAAAGGAAGAGAAACCGACGCUUCUCGUAGUGCUGCGUGACUUCACAGAAGUCGACACCAGGACCCACUUCGAAACGGUCCGAAAAUCUUUUGAUAAAAUAUGGGAUAACAUAGUGAAACCAGAGGCGUUCAAAAACUCUACCAUUGAUACCCUCUUUGAUCUACGCUACCACGUGCUCCCACACUUCAAACUGCAACGUGCUGCAUUCGACAAGGAAACGGCGAAGUUUCGUCAAUGGUUUUACUUGUCGACGUGCGAUGAAUAUUUGUUUCACACUCGGGGCAUGUUUCGUGGCGUACCCCUUGAUGGAAUUCCGUCCUACCUCUCAAGCUGCUGGGAGAUGAUCCGCAAGAGCAAAGACCUUGACAUUCCAACGCAACGUGAGAUGCUGGCAAGGCACCGUUGCUUGGAGGUGAAAAAACAAAUUCUCCAAUUAUUUACGGAAUUUUGCUCCAAUUAUACGGAACGUUUGCAGCGUGGUGAGCUUGUGACACAUCUCACUUCUUUGCUUGAGCGCGAUGUGGAAGAUAAGCUGCGUGAUUUUCACCAACAAACGAGGCUAUACAGGGUAGACAUUGUGCGGAAGACCGAGGCUGAACUUGAAGAGGAGCUCUUGAAGGUGGAGCUGAAACU